UAAGCUUUUGUUUACAAUAGCAACUUGGGCAUAUGGCAAUUUCUGUUAUCAAGAGUGCCACGAGACCCUCGGUUUGCGUUGUGCUUUUUCAAAACCAUCCCUGAGUGCUGUGUCAUGCGUUUUUAGAUGCAACGAUGCAAUGUGUUCUGUGCGAACCACUCCUAAGUCCUGUGUAUUUGGGCAUAGGUGCAACACUGUUCUCGUAAAAUAUGUGAUGCCAGGGGGGCUUUGAAACGUCCGUGCCCAAAGCACAUCAAAGGCACGAUCCGUCCCUGCUUGGGAGUAAUAUGAAUAUCAUUAAGAUCAGUCUUUGUGUUUAAUUUUAACAUUUAAUUUCAACUGUAAACUCGUUAAAAUGUAAAAACCAAAUGUACAGCCAAUCCGUUUUGGAGACACUGAAAUGAAUGGGCUUUAGUGCAAGGUUUGGAACUAUCGGAGGCUCCAUGACGCGAGUUACUUCCGCAUUCCAUUCUUCCUAUGGAGAUCUAUGUACAAACCCAGCUCCGGAUGCUCAUCCUCAUGCCAUCUAUGACUGGGCCGGGAUCGUCCAGAUGUCGAAUGAGAUAAGAAUUAAUUUCUUAGUACUUUCACUUUUCCCAGUAGAAUAUCUAUAAUAAUAUUAUGUCUAUGAUAAUAAUCAGUGUUUUAUAGUAUAUUGUAUAGUAAAGUAUUUUUACAGGUACUUUUAAAAUAUCUGUAUUUUAUUUACUUUGUAAUAAAUUUACCUCACUGCAUUCUAAAACAUAUGAUACUUUUCAAUAACAUUACAUUUUUACAUUUAGUCAUUUCGCAGACGCUUUUAUCCAACGCAAAUUGCGAAAUGAGGAACAAUAAGCAAUUAAUUCUGUUUGGAGCCAGGUGUUUGUUAACUGUUGACAGAAUUAUCUUUGUCAAGUUAUUAUUUUGAUUAAAGAUCUUAAGUUUUAUAUGAUUUAUGUUUUCCAGGAAAUAAAAUAUGUCUGUAGCUGUUGUGCAAUCUGACCACUAGAUGGAGACUGUUCUCCAGAUUCUAAGCAAUUAGCAGGAGUCAAGACUAGUCGCACCGAGAGAAUUUAAAAUGUGUCAUCAUUUAGUUACUUUAUUGUUGUUCAAUACAACAAUAUAUAAUGCGAUAAAGAUCAGCUUCUUAUGUUUUCAUGUGUUUUACGAAACGAGGUCGUAAAAUUUGGAACGACAUGAGCAUAAUCGAUGGAAAAAUAGACAGGCGCCAGUUGUCCUCCUUUCACUUCAGGGCUGUGUCUUAAAGCUCACUAUUUAGGCAGCAUUUUUGUGGGUAUACGUAUGGGAGCAUACAGCGUUUUUUUGUGCGGUCAUCAACGGCACGUGGAACAUUUCUAGCUGAGCCAACUCGGGAACAUGCUUAUGAUGCCCAAAAACGCUGCGGACUGUACGUAAACAGUUCGCUUUGGUGACAGCCCAUCAACUAAGCGAGAAAGUUCUCAUUUUUUAACACAGGACUGAUUUUGACAGUUCAGUUUGAUCCUGUGAUGAUGUCGGCAGGUUUGUAUGAUUUGUGUCCUCGAGCGGCUACGCGCCAGUCAUUCUAACGGGUCCGUUAGUUAACCGAAAGAACAUCGGGGACGAGCGCUGUAAGCCGGGAACGAUGAUAGACAACGAGCGGAGCUCUCAGACAUCAAAACCGCCUCCAGCAUCACCUGCCGGGUUACCGGUCAGCGCUUCAAAGAGAAGAUUCACAAGGGUCGGAAGGAAGCAAAGCAAUGGAUCCGUCCAGUCAAGCUCAUCCAGUGGCACGGCCACAGAGAGUGCGGGCAUCCGGCAACCAGCAAAAAACAAGAUCCGUCGCCACCAGCAUCGUCUGUCUGCCGUGUUCAGUCGCAGUCCACGGAGAAGUUUGGGAGAGAUGGCUCCUUCAGGAGAUGAAGUGUUGGUGACUGAAGAUCCCACCGAGCUGUCAAAUAAUAUCACGGCCCCAGGAAUUCUGAAGAUUUUUGGCACUGAGAUUUGUGAAGGAGCCAACUACAAAAGUGUACUAGCCACAACACACUCCGGCGCCAAAGAACUUAUCAAAGAGGCUUUAGCCAGAUACUGCCUAAACAAAGCAGAUACUGAUGACUAUGUGUUAUGUGAUGUGAUUGGCUGUAUUGGAGAUCACACCUGGAGGACUGAAUGUGUUCGUGUAGUAGGGGACAAUGAAAAGCCUCUCCUGCUGCAGUCCCUCUGGAAACCCAAAGAGGGGUAUGCCCGUCGAUUUGAGAUCCAGCGCAAGUCUACUGUAGAAGAAAACAACUCCAGAGAUAAGGACACAGUGACUGCAGGCAUCAAUGCACAGGCGAGAAAGUUGCAGAAGACACGCUCCCGAGGGAAAUCUAUUCCGCUGGACCUGGGUGAGAGUGAUGGUGCAGAAGACAGCAGACACAAUCUGUUUAGGAGUGUAAGCGAGACAAACGUAACAGCUGAUUCUCAAAGCACCUGCAUCCGGUCCUGUAGAGAAGCCCUCAAAAACGGCAAGGACCAGUUGCAGGGGGAGGAGCCCGAAGCUGAGGCCUACAAAGCAACACACUGUCCUGCCAACGAAAGGGAGGAGACGGAGAGCAGCGAUGACAACUCCACACAGUAUUCCAUUCACCCGCCCCUUGAGUUUCCUUACUUCCUGCUUCUGCAGGGCUUCAGUUACAGACAGGACUUUGUCAUCUAUGCCCUGAUAAGAAGCUAUACAGUAUUCGGCCGCCACGUUGAGCAAACUUGCAGUGAGCGUGAGCAUGAUACAGAACACCAGCAUCUCUGGGCUCCUGAUAUCCUCCCCCAGCACUGCUGUGUCCAGCGUCUAGACACCCAUCCUUCCCCUGACCAAACCCCAGGAGGCGUGACUCUACUGAAACCCUUUACUAGAGCAAAAGUCAAGUGGAACGGAGUUUUCAUCACCCGAGACGUUGAGGUGCAAUCAGGAGACAUCAUUGGCAUAGGCGAUCAUUACCUCUUCAUGUAUAAAGACCCCACCUCACCUAGGGUCACAACUUCUCCUACUGUCACCUUGCCCUGGAUUAAUGAGACAUCACAUACAUGCAAAGCACUUCUUUGUAAAACGUGUGUGUUAUCUGAAAAAGAGAGAAAGUCUUGCAGUAAUGGCUUGCCCUGUCUAACGGAUUCAGUGGGAGAAGAACUGGUUCUGGCUUAUGAUGUGGAACAUGAGUCCAGGGUCCUCAAGCAGAUAUUUGCAACGGUUGAGCAGAAUGAGAGUGCGCACAAACUGACCGCAUCCUUCCUGCUGUGCUUGUGUCUCCAGCAGUCUGCCAUUCAUUUCUCAAUGCCUGCUCUCCGCAGACUGCUGUUACAUAUCGCCAAUGAGAUUCAAACCGUCAUAUGGGAGAAGGCAAAGGAACUUGCAGCCUUGCAACCUGAAAUGAGCAGUGAGUCAGACCCAGAAGAUCUAAAUCCAAGCACUGACAAGCUGAUCCAGGGUCUGGAACCACUCGUCCUGUGGAUGGCCAACUCCAUCCAGCUCCUUCAUUUCAUUCAGCAGGAAGUGCCUCGUCUGCUACAUGGAAUCUCUCAACAGGAGGAGGAGGAAGAAGAGGAUUGUAAUGCGGUGUUGCAGUUACGCCUGUCCUCCGUGCGAUCUGCCAGUGAGGAGGCCAUGACGGUUCUGGAGGAGGUCAUCAUGUUCACAUUCCAGCAGUGUGUCUAUUAUCUCACUAAGAUGCUCUACCCGGUUCUUCCAGGCAUAUUGGACAGUAAUCCUUUCUCCGAAUGUGGACAGCUGCAGGUCUCAAAGGAGGUCAGAAGAGUCCUGGAUAUCUGUACGAAAACACUGCAGCUAGUCAGAGGGUUCCAGGUACACCCUGAAAUCACCUCGCAACUCUUCGCCUACCUCUUCUUCUUCAUCAACGCUUUGCUCUUCAAUCUGCUGAUGGAGAGAGGAUCGGGGGGAACGUUUUACCAGUGGUCCCGUGGGGUCCAGAUCAGGGCUAAUUUGGAUUUGCUUAUAGACUGGGCACAUGGAGCGGGACUGAACGAUCUGGCACACAGCUACCUUGUCAAACUCUCCUCGGCUGUCAAUCUACUGGCCACGCCCAAAGAAAAUCUUUUACAGAUGUCCUGGAGUGCUCUGCGGAUAGAGUAUAAUGCACUGAACCCAGCUCAGCUUCACCACAUUCUGAGAGAGUAUAACUCAAGGCGCUCGUGCCCUGCAGCAUGGACUCCCUCUAGUGAUGAGACCACCACUGCUCUCAGAACCAUUGAUAUCCUGGAAGGCUUUGAUAACCAUCCACCUCUCAUACUCCCUGCUGAUGGUUUUGUGCUUGAUCUAAAAAGACCAAUCAGUGAAACGGGUCUAGUUAAACAGCUGGGCGGUUUCCAAAGGCUGAUCCAAAAGCUCCCUGACUCAGAAUCUGGUCCAGAUGAACCGUCUCAGCCUGCCUCAGCAGUAGCAAUGAAGGCCAAACUUACCAGAAUGGAAGUUCACCCAACAGCUCAUCUUGAGGGUGGGCAUACAGAGAUAGUGUUUCCUCAUGCUGGAAUGAAUGACUGGAGCUCCUGUGAAGCUCAUUUGUCAAAGAAGCUUCAGAAUAUGGAACUACGGAAGAGAGGGUCACAUCACAGCAGAGUGGAGCACUCAGCACUGGACGAAAUAUGUUUACUUACCCCACCGAACACACCGCUGAACCUUGAGCAGAUGGAUUCUGAAACAGAGCAGCAAGAGACAAUAUCAUACCAUCAGGGCUCCAAAUACACGGGUGCAAACAAACAAGAGGAAGUUGAGAAUGAAGAGGAAGAUGUGUUUGUGCUGGAGUUGGAGAGAGGAACAUGUGGUCUUGGUCUGGAGUUGGUGGAUGGGCAGGAAAUACCAUUUAAAGGCAAUGGAAUGUACAUCAAGUCAGUGAUGCCAGAUUCUCCUGCUGCCUUGUCGCAGCGACUGAAAGUGGGGGAUCGUAUUCUAGCAGUAAAUGGACUAAGCCUGGUAGGGGUGGACUACCAGACUGGAAGGGAACUCAUUCAGGCAUCAGGAGACAAGCCUAGAUUACUGGUUGCCAAGUCUGAUAGCACUUCAAAACAAGUAUAACAAUCCUGACAUGAAACUGCUUUUGGCUCUUCACUUAGCAAAAUCUUAAGUAUAAAGGUUAAAUAUUACACAUUGCACAAAACAAAUUUCUUUUUACAAGUUGCUUUUGAAUGUACAUGUAUUUUAUUGUCACCAUGUGUAUUUAUCCAUUUAUAAUUGAAUUUUGAGAUUGUUGGAAUUAUUAUUAUUCUGAUUUGUCAAUGUCAGUGUUAUGUGUCCUGAGAAGCAAUAACAAAUAUUUUCAUCUCGAUGCGGCACCGGCGCGCCUAGAAAAAGAGAGCGUCGCACCGCAUGCGCAUCGCGACCACUUUGCUCCCUAUUUGCACGUGCCUGCAGCGUGUGCCAAAGAGCGAAAUGUGAAUCGCCCAUUAAGCAGCUGCAGUUACUGCAACCUUAUUACUAAAAGCUGCAUCACUACCAUUACAUGGGCCAAAUGUUUUAUUUUGUUUGUUUUAUCACCUCAAGUAUUAAUUGUGUAUUGUUCUGACCAUAAAUAAAUGUUUAACUUUUUGCAAACUGGUUUGGCUGGAAUAAAGUUGUAUUACUGUAUGCUCUGGUUUUCUUAUAGGAUUGAUAAGCACUAACAUCAGUUCAUUUUUCAGAAUGGACUGCAUGCCAAAAACCCCCGCAAACAACAGCCUUUGAUGUGUGCUCAUAUAAUUUCAAAACAUAGUCAUACACCACUGUCAAGUACAGUGUAAACCUGUGCCAAUAACUGUAUUGAUUAAAAUGUAGAGUGGGCAACGUUUUCCGAUAAUGAUGGAUCUUAUGAAUGGUUUUAACUAUACAAGUAGCACAGAUGUCAACAUUUGGUGGUUCAAAUACCCAUUUUAUGUAGCUCUCUUUAAGUUUUUAAAGCAUUUGUUUUAUUUUUAGUGCAUGAUUUUCCAUUGUCAGGUAAGUGCCAUUUUUAGGAGUGUAACGGUACAUACUCCUCAAGAAUGA